CAUUUGAACGAUGUCCAGAGAGACCCGAACCGACUUAAGAUAGAAUAACGUUCGAAUCGCUUACAAAAUACGAGUCGCACAAAGUGUUAUUAUUUCUUCAUCGAUUUGCUACAAUUUUUGUGUUUUUGUUUUUCAUUCUUUACGGGAUUAAUGAUUCAUUCUGGCAUUGAUUACAGAAAAGUAGUCAAUUAAAAUGUCCAACAUCGAAAGAAAAGAAUAUCAAGAAACCAAAGUCUUGAGGACUAGAUCGCCCAUGCGAAAUACGAGAUCAACACAGAAUUUAACUGAAUUUGAUCACAACUUAGAUAAUUUACUCGAAGAUCUGCAAAACUCUGUUUCCAGACCAAGUAGUUCAUUAGGAAAAACCUACAAUGGAAUUGAAUCCAAUCGAAGUAACUCCCUAAAUCGAAUAUCCCACAUGAAGCCAUCGAAUCCAGUGACAGAAUAUUCUUCUGAUGACGCAUAUUCAUAUACGUCACCAGAUGGAUUAAAAAGCGUCAAGAGUUAUAAAAAGGAAUCUUAUUCAUAUAACACCACCGGAAGAGAUGUACCAAUAGAAAGAAAUCGAGUGCAAAAUAAUAUUAAUCAAUUGGAUUCUUUAUUAGAUGAUCUGCAGCAAGUUAAAAAGGGAGGUAUUUUAACCGAUGACUCUGGAAUCGAUUCAGGACUACUCGAAGGCGACAAAAACAAUUACGUUUCAAAGAAAACAGUACAACGAGAACUACAUUAUGGCGAUACGCCCCCAAGACCUUCCUCUAGAUCUGAAAUGUUUGAAAAACAAGAAAGAUAUGAAAAGACGGGUUCUUUGGGAAGAGAGUCUCGAUUGUCUGAAGGUAUUUAUGGUGAGACUAGGCAUGUUCGUCAAAGAACUCCGUCCCCCAUACAUAGCAACACAUCAACGUUAUCUCGACAAAAGAAGGUCAGUAAUGUUCACGAAUAUCCCGUUAAAGUUUUCGAAACGACCGCUCCCGACAUUGAGCCGGAAGUUUUAGCUAGUCUCGAUCCAAAUCUUCGACCACCCGGAAAUACUAAAGUCACUACCACGAUAAAAACUUAUACCUACGAAAUCCCAGGUGACACACCAACUUCCGAUUCUGAAAGUCGCACGGAAAAGUAUCUUUAUUCUAACGACUCCCAAACGACACCUAGUAAGAGCUUCGUUUAUAAUAAAGCCGAGAACGUUUCAAAUAGAAGUGAAACUCAUUACCCUCCCCAACAACAAGACUGGACGUACAAAGAAGCUAAACUUGAUAAGUUUUCGGAAAAGAAAGAAAUCGUACAUCCACCAGAACCGCAAAGUUGGACUUACAAAGAAGCUAAAAUCGACAAAUUUUCAGAAAAAAAGGAAGUCGUUCAACCACCCGAACAGAACUGGACAUUCAAAGAGGCUAAAAUCGAUAAGUUUUCAGAAACUAUUCAACCUUAUCAAAAGCCUUCUCCGCCUGUGGGAGAAACGACUCUUUUGAAAGAAACCAUAAACACUCGUAAUUAUCAACCCGGAUAUCAGCCAGAACCUUUCCAACCAGGAAGACAAAAAACUGAAUAUUUUUAUAAUGAGAACGUUAUCACCAGAAAUUAUCAAAAUGGUUAUCCACCUCAACAUGAACCUACACCACCCGUACAAAGGAAAGAAAUUUACAUUCACCACGAAACUCACACAAAUAAAAACGUCCAAAAUGGAUAUCCACCACAACCGCAACCGGAGAAAAUAAUCAGUUACAAUAGGGAGGAUAGAAUUGAAAACAUCGAUCAUAGAAAACCACCACCCACAACUAUUGAACACAAGUACAUUUCGCAUACGACGGAUACGUAUAAAAGUGGAUAUCCGAAAAGUCCAGAAUCAGAACCAUUGUUACGACCUCAACCUUUCCCAACUACAGAAAUCGAUGGUCCACCAAAGAAGCUCGACGAUCUAAUGGCCACGAUUGGAAACGAGCCUCCUGACAGUCCACUGAAUGCUGGUUUUAAAGCACACGAAGCCGAAAUAGUUCAGCAAAAAAAAGUUGAACAUUUGAAGCAACAAGCAGAGGAAAAGCCGCCUAAAGAAAAGCCAAAAAAUUUACCAGCAACUAAAAAUAUUACAGGACCUCCUGUGUAUUACCCCCCUGGGCAUGAAAUGUUCGCAAAGAAAGAAGAAGCUUCAGCUUCAAUGAGAGCAGAGGGAGGAAUGGCACAAGCGGGCGGAAAAUAUGCUUAUGAAGCCGAAAGUAAAAGUAAAUCAAAAUCAAAAUCAGGCGCAGCUAUAGUUCCUGUAUGCCUUCCUUUAUGUUGUGGACUACCUUGUGUCAUAUUAUAAUUUUAAAACUUAUUUUAAUUACUAAUUUAGCAGCUCAUUAUUUCUUGAUUGUUGUUUAUUCUUAAACAAAUUACACAAUGUACUCAUAAUUUGUUAUUAACAUUUCCCGGUGUUAAAAUGUAUAAAUUACGUGUCCAAUUUAA